GAUAUGCGCCUUCUCCUCGGUGCCGACUACAUGUUAACGGGACACCCAGCUCCUGUUCGAGAUUCGCCCGACAAAGACGCGGGUCCAUUGUCGGGGAGACACGGCUCGGCGGCAAGUGUCAUGGAAACUAACGAAGGUGGUCUCUUGUUAGACGAGCCUAUUUCGCAAUGCGUGGACGGCAUUCAAGUUACCUUAGAGAACUCAAGACUUUGGAAAAUGUUCGACAAAUGCGGCACCGAAAUGAUCGUGAACAGGAUUGGGCGGCGGAUGUUCCCAUGCAUCGUGACAGCGAUACGAGGCAUGGACGCGACCGCCAUGUACCGCGUUCAGAUGGAACUAGACGCCAGCGACCGUCGACGCUACAAGUUCAUCAACGGCAAGUGGCUGCCCGUGGGUAAAGCAGACCCCGAGACCAGUAACCAGCCCUUCGAACACCCCGAUUCCCCCAACCUGGGCGCCUUUUGGAUGCAAGACAGGGUGUCCUUCGCCAAGCUUAAGAUCACCAACAACAAGGAGGGUGGAGGGGAUAACACUGUUCUCCAUUCGAUGCAUAAAUACACACCUUGCAUCAUCAUCAGCAAGUUGAGGCGUUGGCCGGCCAACGUGAGGGGCAUAGGGGCACCGUGUUCCGAUCCCAAUCUGCCGACGGACGGCAGUGUUACGAAACACCGUGAGCUUGCGUCUUUGCCCCCUGUUGGUGGCCGGCCGGCGCGCUUCGAGUUCAGGGAGACGUCGUUCAUUGCUGUGACAGCCUAUCACAGCGAGCAGAUCACCCAGUUGAAGAUCCAGAACAACCCGUUCGCCAAAGCGUUCCGUGAUGCUGACGUCACCGCGAUCUUGCAAGGUGCAUUCAUGCUCUCUGAACCCAACGAACUACACUUUCCAUCGAUGUCCUCUGGAGGUCUGAUGCCAUCAAUGCAUCCGGGAUGCCACACACUUCCAAUGGACUGGCAGACUACAUCCUCUCCUUGUCGAAACCAGCUAGACCCCAACAUGGCCGGGUACGGGACAUCUCUGGACGACGCCCUGUACUGGCGCGGGGGACACGUCAGGGUUCCCGAAUUCUCGGACUCGCCCUGGAGCUUCGAUAACGUGGCUGCCUUGCACCCGUCUGGUACCCACCCUCACGAUACAGACUCCAGCGUUAGGGCCAUCAAUCGGAGACAGGGACUCUUGCCGUAUCGAUCCCACCCUACCAUGGCCUUUGACGCGGUGGGCCGAACGCCGAUGACGUCAUCGGGCCUUUCCAAGAGACAUCGACACAGUAUCGGAGCACUUCAAGACGCCCUGCAAGUGCCGAAAGUCAACCGAACCCUAUCCCACCCAGAAAUCAAAUUUGAGCCGACGGCCUCGGAGCCCCUCGCGCUCCCAACGACCAACGCCGCCUUUGAGUUCUCCGAAUUCAGGCAGACCCUCAGCGAGGGUACAUACCACCCACUCCGCCGAGUCUCUUCGGCCGCUGUGAGCCGCUCCAUCAAGCGACACUCGCUGCCUUAUUUCAGUCAGAAGAAAGCUGCCACUAUCCCGCGGUACCGGUCUGCGGAAGACACAUUCGGGAAAUCCCUUGACCUACACGGUCACGUCCCUAGACGCCAUUCAAUUGUAGAAGGUUCUCCUCUGUUCAGGGCAUCUACCGGAAAUCUUCGCGGCAAACUGGAGGCAGAGCCCACCGUUCAGGUUUCUGGCGAUUUCUUGUUGUCACCGAGCAAUGUGUCAGGGGUAGCUGCUUCGCGGGCUGACCACAUUUCGGGAUCUUUUCCAGCGGUUACCACUGACGCAGUCUCUGCUGGCGCUUCGUCCUCGACAUACGCUCCAACUUGCCUCACUCGGCCUCAAAGAGAAAAAAAGAACACAUACAAGACCAAAAAACAAAUUAAUGAGCAAGAUUCCCUCCAGCCCGACGUGAAUCCAGGCCCCAGGAAUCUCGAACUUACCAACCCUUAAACCAGGACAAAUAAUCAAUAUCAUGCAAAAUUCCAGAAAGCAAGCGGACUGUUAUUGGUUGUCAGGUACGGAGCUCUUGCAGUGCCAACUGACCCAUAAGAUCCCGAAACAUUUUAUCAUAGAAUAUACAGGCACGUUCUGUGACAAUUUAUCAAAGGGAGACGACACCCUCAUAUAAUUUGGGGGGGGGCAGUUUGGUGUAGAUCUCAACAAAUCGAACAGACUUGAAUCAAGUCGGACUUACUUUGCUCUUCCCAGUCAGCCAUCCCUUCAGCCUAUAUACAGUACACGUCCGUCGCACUAGGCAGUUCGCAUAUAACCCUUAUAAGGCGCCCUCAUUUGAUAGCCCUUUUUGUACAACUGUGUCCCACGUCAGCAUUUGUAGCUCCCGUCAGCAACUCACAGUAAUAAGUAGACACAAGCGGGCGCGAAGCAAGUAACGCCGACAAAUGUCACAGAGGAUCCCGACUUGGUCAAGCCUACAAGUCGAAUGGCACUUUCAGAGCUCCGUGGUCAAGCUACAGCUGACGUCACUGCGCAAAAGUCACUGACACAGGAUGCCUAAUUCGUGUCGUUACAAAAUGAAAAACGCCUACUAUCCCUCGUGAUUCCAUCCUCAGCAUUGCCGGUACAGUCUAUAUUACCCACAGUGCCCACGGUGAGGGCGCUCUCUAUAUCAACAGACCACAGCUCUGCCGCAGCUACCCGGUAUGCGGGAAAAACAGUUGGUAAGAUCACCGCAUGGUUUGUAAACAUUCUUUUUCAACGAAGGAGUAACAGACGGAACCUUUUCAGGCAGUCCUGUCUUCGACAGUGCGUAUCCUCCGUUCUUGUGAACAGUUUUGGCUGUUUACUACAAAUAUUAAUAAAAAUCUAUUUGUUAAAAAUGGAAAAGGCAGUGGUAAUCUCGCAAGGGCAGCGAGUCAAAUCCCAACCUUUAGAUUCAACGUGUUCAUAUCCCGUCAGCAUAUUUAUUUUCUGUGUUGAUCAUACAGGCGUUUUACACUAGUGCGCCUGCAAGAGUUUGCAACGCGCUGACCAAUCACGGUGCGCGAAAUCUGUCGACCCAAUGUGCGUU